AUGGCUCUUCACAAAACCCGGUCCCCUUUUCGUCCCCCUUCCUUCUCUCUUUUCCUGUUCAUCCUCUUCUUAGCUCUCCAAACCCCUCUCUCCUUCUCAUCUGACACCAUCUCUGCCAACUCCUCCAUCUCUGGAGACCGGCAGCUAACCUCCAAAGGAGGCAACUUUGUUCUGGGCUUCUUCUCUCCAGCCAACUCCUCCAAAAAAUAUUACAUAGGCAUCUGGUACAAAAAAGUCUCAAAGCAAACCCCCGUCUGGGUAGCCAACAGAGAAACCCCUGUCUCAGACCACACCAAAUCCGAGCUCAAGCUCUCUGACGAUGGAAACUUGGUCUUCCUCAACGAGUCCAAAGCCCAGAUCUGGUCCACCAAUGCCGACAUCUCUCCCAGCUACACUGUAGCGGUUCUCCAGGACUCUGGUAACCUUGCGCUUACAGAUGAAUCCAACUCCUCCAAGAUCUUGUGGCAGAGCAUCGACCACCCCACGGAUACGUGGCUUCCCGGAGGCAAGCUCGGCCUGAACAAGGUGACCAAAAAGAACCAGCGCCUCAUCUCCUGGAAGAGCUCAGUUGAUCCAGCUCCUGGGAUCUUCUCCCUUGUGCUCGACCCCAAUGGAACCAGCCAGUACUUCAUUCAAUGGAAUAAGUCUGUCACGUACUGGUCUAGUGGGACUUGGAAUGGACAAAUCUUUAGUGGGUUGCCGGAGAUGAGGGGAGUUACAUCUACCCCUUCACUAAAUCCUCAGAAUCAGCCAGAUGUUGCAAGUGCUGAAGAUUGUGCAUCAACCUGUUUGAACAAUUGCUCUUGCACUGCAUACUCAUUUGGUGCUGGAUGUUCCGUGUGGUACGGGGAUUUGAUCAAUCUACAGGAGCAACACAACAAAUCGGAUGCAGGAACCCUUUACCUUCGGCUGGCAGCUUCGGAGCUGCCGGAUUCCACGAGCAAGAAGCGAACGGUCGCCGGGGCCAUCGCUGGUGCUGUUGCGGGCUUGGUAGUUUGCGUGGUUAUCAUAUGGGUGCUGAACUGGAUGCGCCGGAAGAGGCAGAUGAUUCAUGCUGUGCAAGAAGUGGGGAGAGCUCUGGUGCCAUUCAGAUACAGUGACUUGCAGCAUUUCACGAAGAACUUCUCAGAGAAAUUGGGAGGAGGCGGUUUUGGUUUGGUGUUCAAGGGGUUCUUGCCGGAUUCGACCGCCAUAGCUGUAAAGAAGCUUGAAGGCCUUUGCCUGCACGGAGAGAAGCAGUUCCGGGCCGAGGUCUGCACGAUUGGAACGGUGCAGCAUAUCAACCUGGUUCGGCUUCUUGGGUUUUGCUCCGAAGGCACCAGAAGGUUGCUGGUUUAUGAGUUCAUGCCAAAGGGUUCUCUGGAUGCUCAGCUCUUCUACAACAAUUCGAUGGUCUUCGACUGGAAUAAAAGGUACCAAAUUGCUCUUGGAAUUGCUAGAGGAUUAGCUUAUCUCCACGAGAAGUGCAGGGACUGCAUCAUACACUGUGAUAUAAAGCCAGAGAACAUACUACUCGAUGCAGCCUUUGUUCCAAAAGUAGCAGACUUCGGUCUGGCCAAGCUUUUAGGCCGGGACUUCAGCCGAGUACUGACUACGACGAGAGGAACAAUAGGCUAUCUUGCACCUGAAUGGAUAACUGGCGUAGCCAUCACUGCUAAAGCUGAUGUCUACAGCUACGGGAUGAUGCUUUUCGAAAUUAUAUCUGGCAGGAGAAACUUGGAGCAGACAGAGGAAGGGAAAGCUACAUAUUUUCCUACAUUAGCUGCGAACAGAAUCAGGCAAGGGGAUGUCCAAAGCUUGGUGGAUCAUAGACUUGGGGAUGAUGUAAAUAUUGAAGAGCUCGAAAGAGCUUGUAAAAUUGCUUGUUGGUGCGUUCAGGAUGAUGAAAGUUCCAGGCCAACGAUGGGACAUGUUGUUCAAAUUUUAGAGGGCUUUCACGAAAUUAGCAUGCCUCCUAUUCCAAGAUCACUUCAAAUUCUUGUGGAAGGCCUGGAGAACAUAAAUUUCUCCUCAGACAUGCCGAUCACCACCUCUACCGUUUCUCAAGUUAAAAGCGCAGCAUCAAGGAGUUCUAAUGUAUGAAGAUGCCCAAGGCUUUAAUUUCAAGCGUCCACAUAACAUUUUGAGUGAGCCCGCUUUGUAUCUUUCCGGUAGCAUGGCAAAGUAGUACCUUCAUGCCAAGUCCAUGGCGUGUUGAAUUUUUUUAGCAAUUAUACCG